GACUUGAAAAUUAUUUCAAGAAUUCCUCCAGGGUAAAAAGGCUGAGAGGGGCUAUCCUGGAGGCAAUCCUCACUCUCAGUUACUAGGUAAGCUCCAAGCAUUGAAAUAAAUGAGUUUAAAGCCGAGGUCCUAUCUGCCUUUGUACUGUCCACGUCUUCUCAUUGCUAGGUUUACGCAUACUGCUGCAUUCUCACUGAUUUCAAUCUCAUGAGUCCCAGACCCCUGCCGUACUAGUUUAAACCCUUCCUGGUCUCACAAGCUAAUAUCCCCACUGGGAUACUACUCCCCUUCUGGUUCAACUACAGCUCAUCCCUCGUGUUGCCUCCACCCAGAAGAUCCCAGUGAUCCGAGAACCUGAAUCCCUGCCCACUGCACCCGCUCCUCAGCCGUACAUUCAUCCAGCCUAUCCUUCUAUUCCUGGGCUCCCCUGCACCCGGCAUCGGGAGUAAUCCGGAGAUCCCCACCCUCGUGGCUCUGCAUCUUCAUUUCGUUUCUAACUCCCUAUACACAUAAAGACAAGGGAUUCUGCAGAUGCUGGAAUUUCACAGUAACGGGCCGGAAGAACUCAGCAUGUCAGGGAGCACGUAUGAAGCGGGAUGAACAGUCAAUGUUUUGGAGUUCAAGUUCAAAGUUAAUUUACUAUUCAAAUAUGUACAUGUCACCAUAUACUACCCUGAGAUUCGUUGUCCGGUGGGCAUUCACUGUAGGUGCAAGGAAACACAAUGAAAAACUUACACACAAAGAUGGGCAGACCAUCAAUGUGCAAAAGACAAACUACAAAUAAAAAAUAAUAAUAAUACAUAAAUAAGUACGAAAUAAUAUUGAUUACGAGUUGCAGAGCCCUUGAAAGUGAGACGGUAGGUUGGGGAUUUAGUUUAGCCCCAGACCCUUCACCAGGGCAGACCAUUCCUGAAAAGUCUCGGCCUGAAGUGUCCUUUCUGCCCGACCUGCAGAGUUCCUCCUGCAUUAUUUGUGUUAUGCGUGUGUUGCUUCCCUGUAGUUAAUCUGCAAGAACAAUGGCUAAUUAAUGUGUUAACACACUCGUCUUUGCGAUGUGGGAAAAAUCAGGGGGAAAACCCACAGCGCCACGUGUAGGGUUUCCACAGAGGUCAGCGGGGUCCCUGGGGCAGGGGCUCGACCCUCUUUCCCAGACUCGGUCCGAGGAAGCGUGCGUCGUCUCCCUUCCAGACGCACCGUUUGACCGCUUCAGGUAACGCUCCAAAGUCACAGCCGAAUGAACGGGACGAGCUCGGUCAGUCAGGCGGAGAACUGACAGAAUUAACGUUUCGGGCCCAACCUCCUCAUCCAGGUGGCAGCUUCCCGGUCUUCUGGGCACGGCCCUUUCCGCUGGAGCACCCGCGCAACGGCAUCGCUCUGAGUUGGAGCCAGCCGCCGAGGGCGACCCCCGGAUCUCCACCCCCAGCGCGGCUCCGCCUACCCGCCGCCGAUAAAAGGAAGGCUCUGGCCGGAGGCUGUGGAGAUGUUACUUGACAAUCACUUGGCGCUGGGUCCAGAGCCUUUCUUCUGCGAUUAAUUAAACUUCAGGAGAUGAACAGUCUUUAGUUGUGGAGUGUAAUCCCGCGGGCAUGUUGAGAUGAAAUUUUAUCAUGUAUGUCCGAAGAGCUCACCAGGGGAACAGCCAGUGGUAGUGAAGAAGCUGUUUGCGACUUUCUUUCUAUUUGUAUUUUUAACGGGGAGAAAUGACGCCUGUAACUUUGAAGGCUUUAAUCCUGUUACCAGUUACACUCCGAGUAUUGAGAGUCUGAGAGACAACCUUCCCACUGACUACAAUCUCACAGUCUUCCUGCAGGACAUGACAGGAAUGGACGGUUGCUGUUCGGAUCUUCAGACCAUGCUGUCACUGAACAGGUCCAUAGAGCACUUAAUUCAGAAUUCCGUGGACCCACUCCGAGAACUAGCCUUGGCUGUCACAAGGCAAAUAGGAUUCCUAGGUGACUGCCCAGUGGAGGAAUCCUUCAACUGUGAAGUUAAGCGAUGGAACUCCACGCAUCUUCUCCAGAAUUUGAAGCAGAGCCUGAAUUCUUUUAGUGACCGUUUAAACAGAGAGAAAUGCAAUCUCACUAAGUGUGUCUUGUACACCUGUACGCCAGGGCAAGUUACAACAACAUCGGAGGAGCUACUGGGAAUAUCCUCCAGCGGAGCCAGUCACACUCCAACAACCACUGAUGUGCCAACAUCUCUGAGCAGUGCAAUGAACCUGCAAUCACCAUUGGCCAGUACACCUCCAACCUUCCUAACCAAUGGAAGCAACGUAGUCCCAUCCUUAAGAAAUGGCAGCUUAGCCAAUGGGAGUCAGAUGUAUCCAGCAACAGCCAAUGGCAAUACAACCAAUGCACCUCUCUCCUUGACCACCAAUGUGUUACACAAUAAAAGUUACCCGCUUUCACCGUCAGCCAAUACCAGCAUAGUCAAUGGAACCGAAACCAGUCCAGUCAACAUUAGCCAACCCGCCGUAGAUUACCAAGGCAAUUUCAGCCCAACGUCUCUGACCAUUGAUAAUGGAGGCGUGGCGAUGGCCACGAAAAUGUGCCAAACUAGUGCCAACCGCUCACUGAUGUCACGGAUAGUGACCGUCGUCUUUGUGUUCAGUGUGGUCGCCAACGUGAUUCUGCUCAGAUGUUUAGUGAGAAGGAAACAAAGGCAGGCCCUGGGGCAGUUAACUGAGAUGGAGCCGUUGUCAUCGGUCGAUGUGGAGCAGCAGGAGAUGUGGACACAGAGGCCAAGGAGGCGAUGACACGAAAUACAGACAGCGCAAGAUAACUUGCCAAGGACUUCCUUUGAGCAAGUCCUGCUUCAUGCUGCAUCUGAUGUUCCCAGCAUGCACCACCCCCAGGCUUUACUUUACGUCACGUGCUGCUGCCAACUCUCCUUACCAUUGACCACCCCCUCGCCCCGGAACUGAGAAACGGACUCGCUGCCCGCAGACUGAGGUGCUGGAAAGUGAGCGGUCUGUGUUUUGGAAGGAAUGUUAAUGGUUAUCGUUUCCCUUGUGGGACUUGCUAAGCCACAGAAGCCUGCUCCACAGGCCACAGCUGGAUAACCACAGGGACCAACAUCAUGGACAACUGAAGGCUGCUUUAAUGUUCCCUUAACCCUUCUAGGGUUAAUGGCAAAUGACAGCCUGUUGGAGACUGUGAGGUGUGCAAGAACUCCUCCCCACAUCCAGACCCACUCUGAUUGGGAGGGGUGGGGAGUGGUGGGGGGGGGGGGGAAUGAGACCUCUCUGAGGGCCAGCAUGGACAAGUUGGGCUGAAUGGCAUUGUCGCUCACUGAAAGCAAAGUAUAAAUAAGGGAUUGAAUUCAUCUAUCUGUAUGGUGAGGUCUGGGGAAGUGAUCACUGCUCUGCGUAGGACUUGGCAAAUGCUGAAGCAUUCCAUUAAGUUGGGAAUGCAAAACUGGCUGAAGUGACCUGUUGCUUGCGAUCUCAUUUAUGCUUUCGUGUUGACGACCGACUGAUCCAAGCUAAAGAAUUGCACUGAAUAUAUUUUUACCACUGACUCUGGCUGAACUUUUCUGAUUGUAUUUUUUUUUAACAUUCUUGUAUCUGCUGUUGUUUGCUUGGCCCUCCCUGCUGAGCAAGUUUUGUGGGGUGGGAGGGAGAAGCAGGGAGCCUGUUUUCCGAUGCUUUCCUUUCGGGUAUGAGAGAGCCGCUUGAAGGAAGGAGGGCUGGAUUAGAGGGGACCAGGCGGUUUAAGUUUUUUGGGAAGGUCCAGAGGGUAGUGGUUGGUGGUAGUCGUCUGAGUUAGGAUACAAAUACUCGGUUUGGAGGCAGAUGUGCAAGGAGGGUGGGCACCAGAGAUGGGGGGGUGGGAACAGGAGAAGGAACGCUCCUCUCUCAGCAUGGGCACUCUCUCUUGAGGUUGGAAGGUUCCCACUUUAAAAAGUUGGACACAUCCCGCACAAGAGAUUCUGCAGAUGCUGGAAACGAUGAAGGGUCUCGUUUAUUCUCCUCUGUGCACGGCGCCCGAGUUCCUCCAGCAUGGUGCGUGUGUUGCCCGGGAUACAUAGGGCCCUUUCCCACAAGUGACAGAGGCGGGUUGGGAGCAAAGCGAACUCUGGCACCCCUCACCUCUCUCCCACCACCAAGUAUCUCCUCUUGAAACCCUCGGUAUUGACCUUCACUCAUCACGUAGCUGGGGAGGGGGGUGGGAGGGGGUCAUUGCAGGGUUACUGUAGGUCACCUGUAUCAAGUAGCCAAUGUGAAUGGCACUCCUGAUUAACCCGUGUCUCUGCCACACAUUGGGUUGUGAACAAUGUGUCGCUAUGUGAUGAUACACAGUAGUUUGGGUACUAUGUACUUACUGGGGCCAUACUUUGUUCUAUGGCUGCAUAGUCGCAUAUCCAAAUAAUGUGAGCUUGGAAAACAUAUUUAUUGUUCUUUAAAAUAAAAGCAAAUGUUUAAUA